CUUGGACAAUCAUCAUACAACCCAAGAUGGCCACAUCGUUUGAGGAGCAAGGCUUUAUUCGUGAUAAAAUUCGUCCUCUGCGAGAGGAUGAGGACCCUAGUCACCUAAAUCAGCUGUUGGUGGAGGCGAUCAAGGGCCGUUACACGAAGUCUGUCAAGAUUCUUUUGGACAAUCGAAACGUAAACCCGAAUCUCCCGGACGAUGGUGGAUCGACUCCAAUCUUCCACACCACAGACCUCCGUGCCAAUCCCCCCCGCAAUCAGCCUUUGGACUUUGGGAUGGAGGCCUUGACAGCGUUACUGGAAAGCAAGAAGGUGGACAAAAAUCACCAAGAUGAGAAAGGUCGGACUGUGCUCUCAGUUGCUGUAGAAAAAGAAAAUCUACAGGUGGUAAAAAUACUGCUGGGCUACUCAGACAUCGACCUAAACCACAAAGACAAAAGCGGCCAGACCCCUCUCUCAAAGGCGGUAGAAAGUGGGAAUGUUGAGAUUGUGAAAGUCCUUCUGGAGAAACUGAAGGAAGUUGUCGAUCUAUUCAAGAUUGACGAGGAAGGGGACGGGAAGGAUGACCGGGUGCCACCUAUUUCGCGGGCCCUCGAGACUGGAAAUCCCGACAUCACAGCUAUGGCAUUGAACAUGAUGGGAGAGCACCCACUCCGUCGUUUGGUCCACUUGGGGAGACUCAAAUCAAUCCAAGGUUCGCUCGAUGCGAUAUCUAGAAAACCAUCCCUACGAGGACUUCUCCACGAGAAGGACGAGCAUGGCCGAACUGCAUUGCAUUUAGCUGUCGACCUUGGCUCCAAGGCCAUCGCGGAAGAGCUUCUCAAUCAUAGAGCAGAGGUCAACGCCAAGGACAAAAAAGGAAUAACCCCUCUGAACUUGGCAAUGAAAAGUAAGCGGAGUGACAGAGGCGAUACGAUUGAACUACUACUCGGGCGUUCUGCCAGCCUUGACGCACUCAAAGCGGAAGCUUGGCGCGAGGCCAUUCCGUCAUGGUCCGGCGAUGCCCUCCUGGUAUUAUCCGAGGAAGCAAGGCUGAAGGCUCCGCGACCAGCAAAUAACCAGUGGGGACAGUCUCCUACGCCACCUCCACCGAAAAGAUCUCACAAGAUGGUCAGAAGCAUGUCCGACGCUGGAAAUUUCACAGUUGGAAAGAGGCUCGUCUUGUGCCUGGAGGGCAGCAGACUUCCAAGGCCACCCGCGCCUGAGCAGGCUCGUAUCCGGGAUCGGCGUUUAUCAGAAAUCGUGUACGACGAUCUGGAGAAGUACAUAUUUGUGACAGCCACUGUACCGGGACCGGAGCUACUCCAUGCGAAAGACCUGGCCAGUAUUGAAACAUCCCAGUGGAACAGGUGCGAGAUCUUAUGGACGAAGACAACGCCGCCUCCCACAGAUGGCAAACCCCCGAAAACCGAACCUAUCGAAUUCUAUAGCAUGCUGCCAUAUGGGUGGGUCCCUUCUGACGGUACCGAGCUUUUCGGCCUCUUCCUAGACCACUUGAAAGACAGGUGGUUGGGCAUUUGCAACAUGGCCCGACAGUGCCUAUCCAACAGGCGCGAAGCUCAGCUCAAAAACAUGGGACAAGAACUGAAGUUCGUGCGCAAACUUGCAGAAGACGCUCGCAAAUUGGCCGAGUUAAGGGGCUACUUCAGAGACCAAGUAAGCAGCGGGAGGAACGCUCUCGAGCAGCACGACACCCUCCCUGAUGUUGAACCCGGUGUCAAUAUCAACAAGAUGGCGGACUUUGCCAGGGCCGUCGAAGAGCAACUCAAUGAACUGGAUCAGAUCGUCAGAGAUCUAUUACACUUGGAAUUCGCCUGGGUGGCUGUGAAUGAGGCCCAUCACUCCACGAGCCUCGCUACCAGCAUAAAACGUCUCAGCUGGAUCACGUUCAUCUUCCUUCCCGUCAUGUUCGCCUCGAGUCUGUUCGGCAUGAACGUCGAUAUCCUCAGGGACAAUCCAGACUGGAGAUGGUUCCUUCUGUUUGCUGUGGUGUCGCUUAUAUUGGCGAUCAUUGGUUGGCUUGUUUUCAAGUAUUCAUGGGGUGCUAUCUCAAGUCCACGGGCUAAUCAACGAUGGGAUAUUCCGUAGACAAAGACGCUGACCUGGAAAAGCCGUCUGGACGGGGAUGAUACGACUCCCCGGGUGGGGAAAUUGUCUUUCCUCCGGCUACAAUGGAAGUGUGAUGGAGGAGAAUAUUUCACCAAAUAUCUAGAGGAAGUCAACGGUGUUAGGUAGCAUGAUAACGACAACAUAAAAGGACCAAGACGGAUGUUGGAUGCCUA